GCAAGCCGGGAUCCCAUGGGAAAAGAGGCGGGGCGAACAGAGGCCCAGAAACCGGAAAUCGUCCUCCCUAUCUACGAACUGCCCUGUGAGCUCUAUGGUCCCGGGGGGCGGAGCCAGCCCUUCACGUUCGGUUCCGGGGGUGGGCGAAGUGCUUCCGGGGCAGCGCGGCUCCGAGUGAUGGUAGCGACGCAGCAGCAGAUGAAUGAUGCUCAACUGCCCCUGGAGCAGCGCGACUACUGUGCCCACUAUCUCAUCAAGCUGAUGAAGUGCAAGCGUGACAACUUCCCCAAUUUCCUGGCCUGCCAGCACGAACGGCACGAGUGGGACUACUGCGAGCACCUUGACUACGUGAUGCGUAUGAAGGAGUUCGAGCGGGAGCGGCGCUUGCUGGUGAGGAAGAAGAGGCUGGAGCAGGAGGCGGCUGGAGCAUAGCAAAGCCCCGGGUCCCCAUCCGCAUGAGAGGCUGGAGGAAUCCUCUCCUUGUGUCAUGUGUAAGGGAAUAAAUAAUGGCUCGUC